CAGUUUCUCUUUGACACGAACGGUUAAAAUAUAAUGGUGCGGUUUGAAGAGGGAUUGGAAGAAGACGAUGGAGACAAAAGAAGCAAGUUUUGUAUUAACGACAAUGUGGACGUGCUUAUAGAGAUCUUGAAGAUGCUGGACGGCGCGUCCCUCGGCGUGGCGGCGUGCGUGUGCCGGCUGUGGCGCGCCAUUUCCCGGAACGACUCGCUGUGGGAGAGCCUCUGCUUCCGCCACGUGGCGCGCCCGCCCGACGGCGUGAGAGCCGUCGUGCUCGCGCUCGGCGGCUACCGGAGCCUCUACAUGGCGUGCGUCCGCCCCGUGCUGAGCCGCGGCCUGCUCGGCAAGUCGGACGACGGCGUGGCGAGGCGAGCCUGGAGCCGCCACGAGGUGGAGCUGUCGCUGUCGCUGUUUUGCGUGGAUUACUAUGAGAGGGUGUUGCUCGGCGACGGGGAAGGCGCCGGAAGACGCGGCGGCGAGUCGCCGGCGUCGUCGUCCCUCUUGUUCCUUUGCAAAGCCGUGAACGUGUAAACUAACGGUCAGAGCCACGUCCUGGCGACAACACGGCGUCGUAUUCUGUUUCACCUUGUUUUCAAUUUUUUCCCUUUUGUGGGGAUUCACAAUUUCAUAUUUAUGAACCCUCAUUUAAUUUUUAAAAGCGGGAGUGUAAAAGCAAUUUCUCAAAAUGAGAGGGUUCAUUAUGUGUAGUAAGUAAAAAUUUAAUCUUAA